CAGGCAUAAUACCUAAUCUGUGUCCACAGGUCUGUUCUGUGCUCUACAGUUUGGAAAUUGGAACUUUGUGUUUGGAACCAUUAGAAAAAAAUUGAUUAGGACCUAGAAGAGUUGUUUUUUUUUUAUUUUAAUUUACAAUUUAUAAAAGUUAAACUUCAAUGGAGCCGCCUGGAGGUCGAUAUCUUGAUGGGUGUAUUGUAUUCGACGGUUCGAAAUUCAUAUUUUAUUCCGGUCAAUUGAUCGAGGGAAAAAUAAACUUCAAACUACACUCACCCUUAGAUAUUUCUGCCCUCGAUAUAAUUUUCUUUGGGGAAGGUAAUGUGGUAUGGGUAGAAGAGCAAAUGGAAAUGUAUGGUGGUGUAAGAAGGCAGAAGUUCGUGACGUAUCAUGGCAAAGAGGGGUACAUCAACCAUGUGCAACGUCUUCAAGGUCCAACAGUAUUAGAGGCGGGUGAACAUUCCAUACCAUUCUCGUACCAACUGCCCUACACCUGCCCAUCCACGUUCAGGGGCUCGAAGGGCCAGGUCACAUACUCGGCCACGGCACUCUUCACACGGCAAGAUGGAGUCACCAAGGACAAGAUUACAACUGAGAUUGAUGUUAUUGAUCCAAUGAAUUUGAACACUGGCAGUGCUGAUAUUCUGAAACCCCUGGUGAUGGAAUUCGAGGAGGAGAUGAGUUGCCAGUGGUGCUGGUCGUCCAAGCCGCUGGGCAUAACCGUGCGUCUGCCCGCGCAGGGCAUGUGCCCCGGGGAAGUCGUGCCCGUCACCGUGGCCGUGCGGAACAGCACCUCUGUGGAGAUCAAUAAGAUCAUCUUCCAGAUCACCACCAGAGAAAGGUACCGCAGCCUGGAGCCCGCUUCGGAGUACGAGCCGCCGGAAGAAGUGCUGAUGACAAUGAAGAAGGGCCCCUUCCUGAGCAACACCAACAAAGACUACGUGUUCGAGCUCACCGUGCCGGACUUCAUCGCACCUAAUAUGGAGAAAUGCAAUAUCAUCGACGUGGGGUACUUCUUUAAGGUCAUUAUAAAGCUGUCCGGUUGCAAUGAAGACAUGGAGGAUGAAGCCGAAAUAUGCAUCGGCCUCGUCCCAAUCGGGGUGACCACAGACCUUACACAACACCCCAUGGCUGACAAACUCCCCAGCGGCCCCAUACCUGACCCCAACAACGCAGUCAAUCUACCCCCUGAGUACCAAUCUUACCCCACGCACCAAACCCAAACCAACGUACAAGCAUACUCCUCCGGCCCAAUCCCAUACCCCAUAUCAGCAAACGUAACCGAUGCACCGAUGUACGGUUCCAAAAAUAGUCUCGUCAACUCAUUCGAAAUCGGUUUUCGAGUUCCCGACGGUAAUUCGAGUGUCAGUGUACAAAUGACAAGUGUGCGUCAUAGCCCCACGGGAGUAGAAAUGACAAGUGUAAGUCAGAGCUCCAGGAGUGUAAGUGUAAAUACCUACUCUGGUCAAAACCCGCCUUACCCCACACAAUCGUAUGGGUCGCAGCCUUCUGCGCCGUCCGCUCCACCGCCUUAUUGAAACGGUAUAAUCUAUUGUAAUAGGGUACUCUACCCUUUUUUGAAAAGUGUCUUAAUUUCAUCCUAGGGUUAGUAAACU